AUGACCAACACCGUCGAAUACGACUGGUUAUCAAUCAUCCAACGAAACAUCUUUGCUUUCAGAUUAGCGGGUUUGUGGCCCAGCGACGAAGGAUACAAAUUCGACUUUUACCUUCUGCGCAGCAUCAUCAUCCUGUUCGUUUUUGGCUUCGUCCAAACUGCAUGCCAAACCUUCAAGCUUGUGACCAACAUAACCGACAUGCAAGUGGUGGCAAGAACCGCAUUCUUGAUAAUUUCCUUCUGGUUGAUGUUGAUGAAGCUGUCGUCGAUCGCUCGCAACAUCCAGACGCUUAGAAAACUCCUGGCGACUCUAAAGGACGAUAUGUUUCAAGUCCGCACCAAAGAACAAAUUGAUAAUAUAAUUCCCAGUGUUAAGACGUGGAAAUUCAUGCACAAUGCUCUCAGCGGAAGUAUGGUUUUUAUGGUGAUUUUUUCGGCUGUCGACGCAUUGAGAAAACGCACAUUGCCGUUCGUGUCUUGGUAUCCUUACAACACUACGGGGUCGCCUCAGUUUGAAUUGACUUGUUUUCACCAGCUUUCGAGUAUUUCGUUUGGAGCGUACAUUGAUAUAAAUAUGGAUACUUUUAUAGCUGCUUUUAGUCUAUAUGCUGCAACUCAGUUUGAUAUUUUGUGUGAUAAUGUGAAAAAUUUGCAGCCGGAAGCAUUCAAAGAGGGUUUAGUAGCCUGUGUGAAACAUCAUCGAGCAAUUGUGAAGUAUAUAACUCGAACGUCCCUCGUAUAG